UAUGAUGUUUACUCAUCUGUCAUCCAGAGUGGUUGUCAGAAGGCCAGUUAUAUUGUACAGUUUCUUUGGUGUGACCUGACAUCUGGUUAUGAUAUGAUUGGCCCCUAUUUUCCGGUACCAAAUUCAAUGGAUGUAAACACCUUACAGCAGUUCUUUAUGUCGUGUCUUAAAUCAUUCCAUGCAUACGGCUUUCGAGUUUCCAUAGUCCUGUGUGAUGGAGCUUCAUCAAACCUGACACUUCUGAAGAUGUUGUGUGGCUACCCUAGAGCCGUACUGCCCAUGAAUGAUGCCGCAGAAGAUUUAAGGGCGAGGUAUUUUGUUGACAUGUCAUUUACCAAUCCUGAGGAUUCCACUGGCAGUUCAGUGUUCGCAAUGAUCUGCCCAAGUCAUUAGGUAGUAAAAAUGUGUUGUUUCUGGUAAAUCUUUGUUAACUUAUCCGGGAACUAGCAUUAGCACCUGCUUAAUUUGCUUAAAGAAAAAUUUCUUUGUUCUUCAAACAAUAACUGCAUUUUGGCGCGAAAAGAUUUCCCUUCACUCGAACUCUCUGGUCAAAUACGGCAGACAAACUGAAUGAUAAGGGUGACUCUAGGACAAUCCAAGAGAUUGACAGGGCUGUCGUGACGAGGCCUCGAGGGGCUGCCAUGUUGGUGAACUGAAGGACGUUUACGAUAAUUAAUUCUAGCUUUAUCAUUAAAAUAACGUAAUCUUGACUCAGACAGUUGUAAAGAAUUAUCCUUCCUCCUUUCAUUUACCUACUUUGAUCCGAUAAUAGUUUAGCCUGAGCUACGAACGGCUAUAACUUCUCACAGCACUUUUACAGUACUUAAAAGGUACACAAAUUUUGUAGAAAUUGGAAGGCCAAUAUCACCCAUGCCACAUCGAUUUAGAGUAAGCCGUUUUCACUAAACAUAGUUUGUUUAUCGAUAAGUUAGACUGUUGAAUAAAAUAAUUGGGCAAAUGUAACGGAGCAGAACUACAAUUGCAUGAUUUGAACAGAUAAAGCUAGAAUUGUCUGCCAUAUUGACCAGAGAGUUCGAGAGAAGGGAAAUCUUUUUGCGCCAAAAUGCAGUUAUGCAAACAUCCCGUAUGUACAGAGUAGUGAAACUCUUACCAUUUCCGGUUCCUGUGUAUUUGUACUUCCACUUCCUUUUGAAUUGAAAUUUUGGUUUUUCGAAUUUGAAUAUGUGACGUGACUUGGAAUUUUGUGGAAGAUUAUGAUUCCAUUGUUGACGAUUAAAUAGCUGAUUAGAGUGGAGAAGGUGAAUUGAAGUUCAAAUCAUGUAAUUUGCAUUUUAGCUGGAAUGGUGAUUUGGACUUUAACAUCCACGAUGUUGAGUUUUCCCUUUACAGUUUCAACUUGUUCAAAGUAACUUCAAGUUUGAAUGAUGCUAUUUCGACUGUGUUCAUUGCGAUUUCAAAUUCACAUGACGAGAUUUCGACAUGGAUAGUCUAAUUUUUGAAAUUCAAAUUGUAUUUUAUUUUCAGUUAUUUUUGUCUGCAAAUGUACGCCAUGGACCAGCCAAGAUCAUGCAGGUGCCUAGUUUAUUUAACUGUAUUUAUUAUUAUUAUUAUUUUAAAUUUAUUAGAUAAUAUUUUUAGAAAUAUCAGAUUGCACUGUAAUAAAUUUGAUUCCCAUUGUAAUGUGCUUUUUGUUUUUCUUUUGAUUACCGCAACAUUACAUGAUUGCAGCAACUCAAGGGCUCAGCAAGGAACCUACUCAAGAGAGCGCCAAACGUGCUGCCAGUUUUCUUGAAGCUUGUAACCUUCUUUUGAAAAAGGACUUCUGA